ACCACACAAUUGACAAGUCCUUUAAAAACCACUCUCCUCUUCAUCUCUUUACCAAAGUCAUGGCUAGUUAUGGCACCAACACCACCACACACAGGCCAUCACCCACCACCACCACUUCCUCACCUCCCUCCACCACUCCUCCACCCGACGAAUCCAAAGCCUCAACCCGAAAAAGCCGCCAAAAUUUUACCCUCAUAUUCAACCUCCCCACCACUCCAGAAGCAGCCGCGGUACGAAUUAUCAGAAACUUAAACCAAUUCAAAGCAUACUACACAAUGUUCAUUUUGGUUGUACUCUCCAUUGCCCUUAUUCCACAACGUAAAAUUUCACUGUUGUUCUUGAUGGGCACGUCCACCUUGACUUGCUUGUACUUGUUAUUGGUACAGUCAUUGCCUGAAUCAAAAUUGCUUCAUGAGAUCAUCGAUAAACGCCUAGUUUUGUUCUUGGUUGUGAUUGUCAUCAUGGUUGAGAUGAUAUUAACGAGCGCGGCGAUUCAUUUUUUUGUGACGGUGGCUGCGACGACGCCGGUGAUUGUGGUUCAUGCAGUUUUGUGGGUGAGAGAGUAUGUUUUUGUGG